UAAUGACCUACUGGUAAACGCAAGCUUGCCAUGGUGUCGACUACACGUCGUGCGAUUGCUAAGGUGAGGAAGCAUGGUGCCCAGACCCAGACGACGGUGAACGAGACACCGAGUCCGUAGGCUGGCGGAUGGAGCUGGGCAAAUUAUCAGCAACUCAUGCGUGCUCCGAGUCCAGACACCAUCCGAGCCCGCCUUAUGGCGCUUUCGAGACACCGCCGUCCUACGCCGGAGUUGCUUGCCGAGUUAUGCGCAUCCAGACUGCUGAAGAUCAUCCCGUGUGAAAUAAUGCGUACGGGUCAUACAGUGUUUGUAGUCAGUCUCCGAUGGAGGCGUUACGGGCUUUCUGCUUGUUCUUCAGCAUGUCGCACGCCAUCUGCACGAAAUCGAGGUCCAUGUGCAGUAAUUGAGUCCGGGGAGCUAUAUAUAGUCUGAGAUCGUGAUGUCAAGUUGUGCCUCGUGGUGGUGCCUUGUGGCGAACCACUCCUGCCGAG